UUAAUUUGCAUUUACUAUAUAUAUAUUUUAAAUAUAUGCCUCAGGGUAAAAAUAAUUUCCCUUUGGGAUGCACUGUUCUAUUCUUCCUUUCUGUUGCUUUAAUCUUUCUUGAUAGUGCAGUUUAAAUUUAGCUGGCCCUGUGACCAGUCUUCCUUAGGGUGUCAUAUUCACCUUGAAUAUCUGCAUUCUGAUUGGUUUAGCACCUGCUGUUAAACUUAACUACAGUAUGCUUAUCUGUACCUUUGGGACAGUCACUAACGUACCGAAAAGUUUGAAUUGAUUUAUAGCAUAACAAUGCUACAAUCGUGAGAAUACGCUGAAGUUGGCACAACCGAAGUAAAAGCCACUAAAAAUUAAUCUAAUGUAGAAAAAGAUGGUCAUGUGUAUAGCAUUUAACCUUUACCUAUUAGCAGCACUACCUGGAAUCUAUUGGUCAUUCAGUGGCUGGCAAAAUGUGAUAUUCAGCUGCGGAGUUUGCAAAGUUCAAGCGGCCAGUCAGACAAGUGACUCACAUGACAGGAAAUAGAGAAAAAAAAACUCAACAACAACACUGUAAGCAACCAGAAGUGUGCCAGUUUCCUUUAACUGUCAAGUUGUAGGAACAACAAUUGAUAGAUAUAUUGUAAUGGAUGUAACAUCUACAAAAGUUCAUUUAGAAUUGACAGAUGAAAGUCCUGAUCCCUUUUUAUGGGAAAAACCUGAUGAUACCACUUCUAGAAAUGUUAUAACAGAAAAGACUUCCUUGUGCGAUAUUUUCAUAGACGAAAGUGACAUGGUAAUGGUACCUGAAAAAUAUGUCUACCCCAUUUGUGAUUGUGCUGACUACUGCAAAACUGAUGAAGCUAUCUGUGAUUCUUGUGGAUCUUUUCACACUGCACUAUGCUCAGAUUCAACAGAACACUACAGCGACUGUGAUGAAAGCUUUGAUGACACCAGGGAAGACUUCUUGGCUGAACAAACUGAUACUGAAGUCAGUUAUGAAACCAACUUCUCAGAAUCAGCUCAUAAAAAUAUGGAGGAUCUGUGUGAAAUUGAACAUAGUAAAGGCAUUGUGGGAAGUCAUACUGUAUCAAAGCCUUGCAGCAGCAUAAAAUGGCUCGCCAAGUCUGACUUAUGUGAGUGUGUGGAUUCAAAUUCACAGCAGCUGGAUGCAGAAAAAAUUCUACAAGAAGAAGAAGCCCUGCAGUAUGCAAGUGUGGAUUCAUCUGCUUGCUGUCUGAUUAAUUCUCAGGCUGUCAGCAGACACUGUGUAACUGAUCCAACUCUGAAUGGGGGAGUCCACUGUAAAGGGGAACAGGUUCAGCUGUCACUCACUGCCAAGAAUAGAAAGAUUCUGGAAAGUUGCCUUGCAGAUCAUGCAGCUGGGGAGCUCUCAGGCAAAACAGGCUGUUAUUAUUCUAAGUGCCACAGAAAAGAAGAAAGCAAGAAGCAAACUGUGGCCCAAAGCGCAAAUAGAAUUUUUGUAUCUAACGGAGCUCAAGGAGGUAUUGAUCGAUUCAGUGAGGCUUCAGGUAUGGGAAGUGAACUGGAUGAGGCAGACCAUGAAGUUAAGUGGCUUACUGACUCGGCAUUCAAGAGUUUAUCUUCUCCUCAAGAUGAAUAUUUUGACAUUUAUAACUCUAGUUAUAGAUCUUCUACCAAUAUGUCUCUACCUUCAACAGAAGACAGUGCUGCAGUGAACAUGGGAUCUGCUUACAUUGACAUUCAGGGGUAUGACAGUGAUGAUGGCCAUAUUCCUGAAAGUAAAGAUUUUAUUGACAAAUACGAACUGGGAAAUUUUGAAUGUGUGGAUGUAGCUCUAGAAAGCCAAGAUGAUAUGAAAAAGACAUCCAAGAAGAGAACUGUGCCAAAGAGGCAGAUUCAGCUCAGAUGGCGUGAGCGGAGUGAACUGAAGGUAUUUACAUCUCGUGAUCAUUUAGAGGGCCAGUCUGUUUCUGAAACUGCACGUUGUGAAAGACAUGGAAAGGACAGAUUACUACGACAACAUAGCACCCCAGCAGUCUUUCAGGAUCCUCCUGCCAAGGGGACCAAUAUAGCAGAUGAAAGUGAAAAAAGAAAGAAACUGCAGAAAUCGGUGUCCUUAGAUGAAACAUCUAGCAAAGCUAAAAUGGCAUCGUGUCUAAUUAAAAAUGUUUUAGCUAAGAAAAUGCAAUAUGAACAUAAGCUGAAACUGAUGCAUGGAUCUGUCAAAAGUACAGAAUUUCAGGUCUCAUCUAAUCCUCCCUCUGGAAGCGGAAACAGUUUGACUGGCCCUAAAGUUCCAUUUAAAAGAAAUGGUUCAAGUGGAGAACUUCCCGAUGAGCCUUUUGCUUUUGGUGCAACAUCCAACAGCACUUUCUCUUCAGAUGAACGGCAGCAUAAUUGUAGCACAGCAAGCAAGCUUUCCUUGAUUGCAGAAAAUUCCAGCAAGGUAGGCACAUUGAAAAAUUCUCAGACCUUUAAUGCAGAAACUAAAACUUGCAAUACAAUUGCUGUAAAUAAUUUAGAUACUGAUAAAAGAGGAGAGUCUGGACAAGUACAUGUCAUAGAGGCAAAAGAAAAAGUGCAACUUUUUACGCCAUGCAAUAACAGAAGUGAGCACUUUAAAGGAACUGAAACUAAGCAUAAAACAGUAGCACCUCAUGCUGAGAGGAUACUGCAGUGUGCAAGGUUUGAAGAAAAUGAAAAUGAACAGAUUCCUGUCACUGUUUCAUAUUUAGGCAUUGGUAACCUACCAGAUCAGCUGGAAAGGGAUGAACAAGAUGUUAAACGUGAAAUGAAGUCAGAAAGUGUCUUUAUGUCAAAAACUCCAGAUAUAACCUUGAGUUCCAGCCAUAAGAGCAAAAAGACUAAUCCUGUGUGUGACACUGUCCGAGUUCUCUCUCCACAGAAUGAAAGAAAAAGGUCUCCAGGAGAAAUUAGUGCCCACCUUUUAGCUCACAACUCUGUUACAGAGGACAUGCUUUUUCCAGAAAUGGAAGGUUUACAGCCAUUGAGUGAAGGGUGCAGUUCGAAAGUUAAAAGCAAGGCUCCCAUUCAUAAAGUGAGGGAUGUAAGAAAACUUGUGAAAAACACGUACAGCCUGUCCUUUAAAGCACCAGCUGUUUCCCCUGAAGAAGACCUUGCUGCUGAAAAAACUGACCACAGGAACUUGCACUUCUCAUCAUCUCCAGUGCUCAUUCAGUGCAAAGCAAUCAGCAGAAACAGCAGCACUGAAUUGAACUCGGAGCCGUGCAGUGCACAGGGACCACCUCUGAGCAACUUGUCUGAAACCAAAGCUUUGUGCUCAAACAGUAAGGAUGAGUCGACAUCUUCUGUACAACUGGAUGACUUGGCUCAAAGUGAUAUUAACAGUCUGGGCUGUUUGAAGGAAAACAUUGAAUGCAACGGCUUGAGACUAAUGAAUGGAGGUGUUAAUAUAAUGGAUGCCUCGGAUAGCGGAUCAGAGAAAAUGUCAGGUUUUGAUAGUGCGGGCAGCCAAUGUGCAAAUGAAAAAGAAGGAAACUCCUUGCUUUCUGCAGAUGAUGAGGCACAGGACGUCACUUUAACACAACCAAAUAAAAACAGCCAUUCAGUUUCGAUGCUCCUGAAGGAAAAAGGCUUUCAAGCAGAUAUAGGAGUAUGCGAUAUUCCUAAUGAUCCUAACAAUUGCCCUCAAAAGCACGUAAACACGCUUGAGUUCUCUUUGCCCGUGUGCCGCUCCAGAGCAAAUCACGCUUCCAUUGCCAAACAGAAACCAGCUAACAUAAGCACUCCUGUUGAAAUAAGUGUGAGCCAAGCUGCAGGAGUGGAACCCAAAAACACAAAUGGCAAUUUGACCCAAGAGAAAUUGCUCAACACUCACCACAAAAAAGAUCAGUAUUCCUCACAGUUCUUAACAGUAUGCAGUAAUGGAACUGUUCAGCAUCCCGUGGCACCUUCAGAUGAUCCUCCUCAAUAUGAAGAAAGACCAAGAAAUAGACUGCAGAUGUUGCCUUGUGAUGUGCACAAGACCACUACAACAGCACCACACCUGUAUUCUACAGAUUCCUAUCCAACACCCCCACCGCCAUUCAGUCCAGCAUUUGAAGCAGCUCCACCAGGACAAGAGCAACACAAACCUCUGCCAUCAAAAAUUCCACUUAAUCUCCAAAAUGAAUCCCCAAACUACCAACCCAUUCUUCAUCCUGCACAGGCAAGCUCUCUUCCUGGUCAGGCCACCUUUGCAAAUAACACUCGAAAGCAGUCCUUUCCGAGCUGUGAAGAUAAACCUUUCAUUAAAGCCAAUGAGGGUUUUGCCUGGAAGAGAUUGCCGUGUUUGUCCCAAAGUUCUGUUGGCAGCCAAAUAGACCCUUCAAAGAUCGGACAAGAAACGAGGCCUAAUUUUGCAUGCAGUCCAGUAGGUUUCCCUUCCCCAUAUCCAGGUGAAAGGGUCAAUGAAAACUUUCACUUUGCUGAAAACAUGGUAGGCUCCAACAUAGCAGGCUUUCAGUAUCCGCAAACUCCCAGGAAAGUUUUGUUUGAUCCAGAAACUGGAAAAUAUUUUUACGUUGAAGUUCCCGUUCAACCCCAAAGAAAAAUGCUUUAUGACCCUGAAACCGGGCAGUAUGUGGAGGUAAUCGUACCUCAGCGCCCUUUAAGCCAGAGUGGACUGUAUCCCACAGCAACCUCUCCUUAUUCUUCCUUUGCACAUCCUAGCAUGUAUGGUGCUCCUCUCCUGUCUUACGCCGGAUUGCCAAUGCCUGCCCACCCAAGGUUCCCUGAUUUGCCAGACCAGCCUUGCACCCAGUUUAGCAGUGAAGUUAACCAGACACUAAAGCCAGAGGUGCAUAGCAUUCAGCCUGUGGACUCCAGCUAUCUUGACAGCAUGUACUACAUUCCAACCGGAAUGACAGAAAGCCCAGGCGCACUUCAGCCGGCAUUUUAUCAGAAGCAUUCUGGAUCGGCAGAGGAAGAGGAGCGUGCCGGGAAUGGCCUGCCUGUUCAUUAGAGUCCACUGCUACUUUUACUGCAUGUUGCCAUCAUUGGAAAGGGGAACAUUUUCCCAUAUAAGGUGUGCUACCUUUUUUUUUUUAUUACAUUUUUAAUUUUUUUUGUGUAAUCAACAUUGUAAUACCAAAAAAAUGUGUUAUUUUUAAAGCAUUUUACUUGCUACUCCUGGUUUAGAAAUUUAAGCACUUUGCCUACACAACAUAGGAGAAAUAUUUCUAUUCAUUUUACAUUUUGUUCAGUCGACUUAUUUGUCAGUGUAAUUUUAUAUUAAAAAUGCACAC